CCUCAUCUCGCAGAAGAAUUCAGUGCGGAUUCUGUGCCGGCCCGACGGCACUCUACCGGAGCCUCACUAUGAGGCUAGCUUAUGUAUGAUCCUUCAAGCCGACUACCUCGGGACUUUGUGCCCGCCGCUGUGACAUCGUUGAUCAUGAUCGACGACUCCCUCGACGGCGCCAAGGGGCACGCAACCCGCCACCCGCCCAACCGGCACAUUCUACUCCCCGAGGAAAUCACCUCGAGGAUCAUCAGCUACAUCGUGGGCGACGGGCUCCGGGUCUCAAACGGCGCCUGGUACGACAUUGAGCUCGCGACGAUCCGGGCUCUGCUGGCGUCGAGCGUCUCCGUCCGGCGCGAGACUCUGCGCCAGGUAUUCCGCCGGCCGCUGCGUUUCUGGCUCACCGGCGAGAAAUCGUGCGAUUGCAAGCCGCUGCUGGAGAGCAUCGGGCACAAGGAGUGUCGGUGCACGCUGCUGCUGGAGAAGAUCGUGCGGCUGCCUCUGGGCCGAUGGACGGCAAUCGUCGUGCACUUUGUCCCUCGUCCGGCGCGGGGGGCUGGUAGUGGACUUGAUCCUCUUCCAGCAGAUCAGGGCGAGCACCCACCCCUCGCUGAUGGAGGAGCAGCACAAGAAGAGGUGGCCACCCGCAGCCAGUUCCGCGCCGCCGUGCAACGCGUCAAGCACUACUCCCGCAGUCUCGCGACGACGCUCUACUUCCUGCUGAAACAGCGGGCCAACCUGUCCUGCGACGCCGCGUGUUGCGGGGUCAUCGAGAUGUCGCGCCGCCGCCACUACGGCCCGGUGUAUUGCUCGUACGACCCCAAGUUCCCGGCGCUGCCAUUCGACGUCAGCUUUGUCUUCGAGACCCCCAGUCCGCCGGGAGACGUCUACAGCAGGAACACCCCCGCUGAUGGAGAGGACCGAGCACGAAUGCCCCUGUGGACGAUGAACAUGGUGGACGGCCUGCUGAUGCCGUGGUGGCGGUUCGUGGCCAAGCACCCCUCGAUGCGCCAGAUCCAGCUGCCCGGCUCGAUCGCGGCGGCCUUCACGAUGGGCCGGGACCGUAUCGCCGCCGAGUUCCCGCACCGGCCGGGCGCGGCGGCGGCGCGGCUGCAGCGCGACUUUGCCGACUUCUGGUCCGUCAAGCCGGGCUCGAUGCCCUCGCACGACGCGGCCAGCCUGUGGCCGUGCGUCGUCAACUUCGACGGUUCCUUCGAGUGGUACCUGAACCCGGCGCCGCUGAAGACGUCGCCCACGAAGUGGACCAUUCGCGGGGUCCCCGUGCUGCGCAUCGUGGUCCCGGAAGGUGAGAUGGACGACGGUUCUGGCGGUCGCUGGGAGGGCGAGUUCCUGGCUUCUGAUGGCUGAAGGGUGGGAUAUAUCAGCAUGCUUCUAUUCUUCUCCCCAAUUCUCUUUUAUCAAUGAUAUGGCGUAUUUAGCAGUAUUAAGCCGCAUGAGAGACAUUAACGUUGAUGAGAUAACAGAGCCACGAUGGAUAUGACUGCAGGGAAGGGAAUCAAGACUACUGCCACGCAAAUGGUCGCUGAAAAGUCUGUGGCCGGAAUUAGACUGCAUGAGAGCUCACUUCAAAUUAAGGAGGGUGUUGAGAAUCAUAUCAUUCAUUCAUCCGAACCA